UUUUAAAUUUUGAGAUCUACCAUUGCCACCAACUCUGAAUCUCCCAUUUUCUGCUAUAUAAACACCAUACACUCCCCCUCUUCAAACUCGCGUCAGCCCUUUUUCCUCUGCUAAUUUUGUGUCGAAGCAGUCAUCUUUCUUUCCGCUUCUAUCUCUUCCUAUAGAAAAAUGGCAUCUCACAUAGUUGGAUAUCCUCGUAUGGGCCCAAAGAGAGAGCUGAAAUUUGCUCUCGAAUCUUUCUGGGAUGGAAAGAGCAGUGCUGAGGACUUGAAGAAGGUCUCUGCAGAUCUCAGGUCAUCCAUUUGGAAACAGAUGGCUGAUGCUGGCAUUAAGUACAUUCCCAGCAACACAUUCUCUUACUAUGAUCAGGUGCUUGACACAACUGCUAUGCUCGGUGCCGUCCCAUCUAGAUACAACUGGACCGGUGGUGAGAUCGGAUUCGACACUUACUUCUCCAUGGCCAGAGGAAAUGCCUCUGUCCCUGCUAUGGAGAUGACCAAGUGGUUUGAUACCAACUACCACUUCAUUGUCCCUGAAUUGGGACCAGAUGUUAACUUCUCUUAUGCUUCUCACAAGGCAGUGGACGAGUACAAAGAGGCUAAGGGGCUUGGUGUAAAUACUGUCCCAGUACUUAUUGGUCCAGUCUCAUACCUGUUACUAUCUAAACCUGCUAAGGGUGUUGAGAAAUCUUUCCCCCUUUUAUCACUUCUUGACAAAAUCCUUCCAAUCUACAAGGAAGUCAUUUCCGAGUUGAAGGCUGCUGGUGCUUCCUGGAUUCAGUUUGAUGAGCCUACCCUUGUGUUGGAUCUUGAGGCUCACCAAUUGGAAGCAUUCACCAAGGCAUAUGCUGAACUGGAAUCAACUCUAUCUGGCCUUGAUGUUCUCAUCGAGACCUACUUUGCUGAUGUUCCUGCCGGCGCAUUCAAAACCCUUACUGCUUUGAAGGGAGUUACUGCCUUUGGUUUUGACUUGGUUCGUGGAACUCAGACCCUUGAUUUGAUCAAGGGUGGCUUCCCCUCAGGAAAGUACUUGUUUGCAGGAGUGGUUGAUGGGAGGAACAUCUGGGCUAAUGAUCUUGCUGCAUCUCUUGAGCUCUUGAAAUCACUUGAGGGCAUUGUAGGAAAAGAUAAGCUUGUUGUCUCUACAUCUUGCUCAUUGCUCCACACUGCUGUUGAUCUCAUCAAUGAGACCAAGCUAGAUGAUGAAAUCAAAUCAUGGUUGGCAUUUGCUGCUCAAAAAGUUGUUGAAGUGAAUGCUCUUGCCAAGGCAUUGGCUGGUGACAAGGAUGAGGCAUUCUUCUCCGCUGGCGCUGCUGCUCAAGCUUCCAGAAAGACCUCCCCAAGAGUGACAAAUGAAGCUGUUCAAAAGGCUGCUGCUGCUCUCAGAGGUUCUGACCACCGCCGUGCAACAAAUGUUAGUGCUAGGCUUGAUGCCCAACAAAAGAAACUUAACCUCCCGGUUCUCCCGACAACCACCAUUGGGUCCUUCCCUCAGACAGUGGAGCUCAGAAGAGUUCGUCGUGAAUACAAGGCCAAGAAGAUCUCUGAGGAAGAGUAUGUUAAAGCCAUCAAGGAGGAAAUCAAGAAGGUUGUUGACCUCCAGGAAGAGCUUGACAUUGAUGUCUUGGUUCAUGGAGAGCCCGAGAGGAACGAUAUGGUUGAAUACUUUGGGGAACAACUUUCUGGUUUUGCAUUCACUGCUAAUGGAUGGGUUCAAUCUUAUGGAUCUCGAUGUGUGAAGCCACCAAUCAUCUAUGGUGAUGUCAGUCGCCCAAAGCCAAUGACUGUAUUCUGGUCCAGUAUAGCUCAGAGCAUGACCAAACGCCCAAUGAAGGGAAUGCUUACAGGACCAGUUACCAUUCUCAAUUGGUCAUUUGUCAGAAAUGACCAGCCAAGAUUUGAGACCUGCUACCAGAUUGCUUUGGCCAUUAAGGAUGAGGUGGAGGAUUUGGAGAAGGCAGGCAUCACUGUCAUCCAAAUCGAUGAAGCUGCAUUGAGAGAGGGGUUGCCUCUUAGGAAGGCUGAGCAUGCUUUCUACUUGAACUGGGCCGUUCACUCCUUCAGAAUCACCAAUGUCGAUAUCCAGGACACUACCCAGAUCCACACUCACAUGUGCUACUCCAACUUCAAUGACAUUAUCCACUCCAUCAUCGACAUGGAUGCUGAUGUGAUCACAAUUGAGAACUCACGUUCCGAUGAGAAGCUCCUCUCAGUUUUCAGGGAGGGAGUGAAAUAUGGUGCUGGAAUUGGCCCUGGUGUCUAUGACAUCCACUCUCCAAGAAUACCAUCAACUGAAGAGAUCGCUGAUAGAGUGAACAAGAUGCUUGCUGUUCUUGACACCAACAUCUUGUGGGUCAACCCUGACUGUGGUCUUAAGACACGCAAGUACACCGAGGUGAAGCCAGCACUCCAAGCCAUGGUUUCUGCAGCCAAGGCCAUCCGCACCCAGCUUGCCAGCGCCAAGUGAGCCAGUUGGAAGAAACAAACCCCUCGGGGCAUUGCUCAUGGUGUUCUUUAACUUGAAAAGGAAAUUUUCUAUUGGUUUUUAAUAAUUGUGCUCGCUAUGAUAUUAUUCUGUAGGUUAGUAGUACUGUCCCCGGGCAUCCCAUUCUUCUUUUUUAUGUUUUUCUUUAGAGCAUUCUCUCUCUGGAGGAAAUCAUAUCGGCUCUAUUUUGACGAUGUUAUCCUCAAAUUUAUUUGAAAGGCGUCAAGAAGAUUUAUGUACUCUAAAUGAAUGAAAACCAAAGAAUUACCAUCCUCUGUUUUCA